ACUUGUCCUCACCCCUCAUCUUGAAUUUUUUCUUGAAUUUUUUUAGGGUGGCAUACCCUUGUCUAGCUGAUCUCCACCAAUACGCGAGGAAGAGAAGCGUUAAAUAAACUGUUUUCCUUAGGUGUCAAUCUUCCCGUCCACUGACUCGAAGGACACAAAAUUUGACGAGCUGCUGGAUGCCUGGAUGCAUUCCAAAGCAACAAAGAAAACCAGCAUUCCUUCCGUCCAUGAACGCAGCCAUUCAUACCAAGCUGAGACACCCAUUCCUCCACCUUCUCCACCAAAACUCCUCCCUCUUAUCCACCCACCUCCUCCUCCAACUCCACUCCCACCUCGUCACCACCGGCCUCAUCGCCGACCAAUCCAUCCUCCUCAAGCUCUUCCACCUCUGCGCCUGCAAACCAUCUCUUCUUGAUCAUGCCACCCUCCUGUUCAACUCCAUCGAGCAGCCCGAUGCCGCCACUUGGCAUGCCAUGAUUCGCCGCCAUGCGUCUGGAGGCAACCCGCACCGAUCCCUUCAUCUCCUUAGAAAUUUGCAAUGGAGUGUGAAUGGCAAAAUGCCAUCCUUUGCUCUCGACCUCUUCACCUUUGCGUCGGCCGUAAAAGCUUGCGGUAGGCUGAUGGCGAUAAGAGAAGGAAAGUCUAUUCAUUGCCAAGUUCUUAGACGUGGACUGGAAUCCAACCUAAAUGUCCAGAACACCCUGAUCCAUUUCUACUCGAGCUCUGCGAACUCGAUUGGCAGCGCUUGCAAUCUGUUUGAUGGAAUUUCCUGCCGAACUAUAGUUACGAUCAACUGCAUGCUUUCGGGGCUCUUAAAAAGAAAUUUUUUUUGGAUGGGGUUGAGCUUAUUCAAUAAGAUGCUGGAUGGUUGUCUUGGUGAAGAACUGAGUCCUAAUGAUGUUACUUUGGUGAUUUUGAUCGGUGCAUGUGCUGAGUAUGGAAACCUGAGUAUUGGGAGGUCUCUUCAUGCCUUUUGCUGCAAAUCUUUUGGUUGUUCGAUGAUUUCAGUGGGUAAUGCUCUUAUUGAUAUGUAUGCCUCAUUUGGGUGCAUCAAGGAUGCUGAGGAUCUGUUUCAUGCAAUGCCUGAAAGAGAUUUGGUUUCUUGGAAUAGUUUGAUUGCUGGUUAUAGGAAAAACGAUGAUGCUGAUAAAGCUAUAUCCUUGUUCGAAGAAAUGAGAAGCCAAGGUGUUGAGGGCGACAGAGUGACUCUAGUUAGCUUGAUUUCUGCCUGUGCUCAGAGCAAAAAUCUUGAAAUGGGGGAUUGGAUCCAUGCCUAUCUGAGAAGAAGAGUGAACAAUAUUCCCGUUCCUGUAGCAACAGCUCUGAUCAACAUGUACUCUAAAUGUCGGAAGAUAGAGAUUGCUCGAAAAAUUUUUGAUGAGAUGCCCACCAGAAAUAUUGUCUCUUGGAAUUCAAUUAUUUUGGCUUAUGUUGAAAAUGGGCUUUCUAAUGAAGCCGUGAAUCUCUUUGAGAGGAUUCAAGUGGAAAAGCUGAUCCCGGAUGAAGUGACAAUGCUAGGUGUAAUUUCAGCUUGCCAAAACUUGAAGGCGUUUGACGACGGUGAUCGGAUUCUUUCUGACAUUCAGCAAAAUGGUCUUGCUGGGAGCACUGUGCUAUGCAAUGCUCUUAUAGACAUGUAUGCAAAAUUUGGGCGCAUGGAUAGAGCUGAGAGAAUAUUUAGUAUGAUGCCAAAGAGAGAUGUUAUCUCAUGGACUUCUGUGAUUGUUGGAUAUGCCAUCAGUGGUAGAGGAAGGGAAGCUCUGGAAGUCUUUCAGCAGAUGCGUGAUGCAAGGGCUGAACCAAAUAGCAUCACAUUCAUAGGAGUUUUAUCAGCCUGUGACCAUACUGGUUUGGUUGAUGAUGGUAUAAAUAUGUAUAGAAUCAUGUGCCAAGAUUAUAGUUUAAAGCCUGAGAUCGAGCAUUGUGGUUGCAUGGUUGAUAUGUUCGCCCGUGCAGGGUUGCUGGAGGAGGCGGAUGAUUUUGUAAAGAACAUGCCUAUUGAACCCAAUGCAGUUAUUUGGAGGAUGCUUAUAGGUGCUUGCAGAGUCCAUGGGGAAGUUGUUCUUGGAGCAAGUUUAGUUGAUAGGCUGAUACAGCUGAAGAAGUUUUAUGAUCCUGAAGAUUAUGUCAUAUCUUCCAAUACUUUUGCUGAAUCAGGAAGAUGGGAUGAUGUGUUGCUAGCAAGAAGGCUGAUUGGAGCUCAAGCAUUCCUUAGAACGCCAGGAAUAAGUUCAGUAACUGGAGUAACAGAAUGAUUCUAAGAAUUGUCUCCUGUUGGAUUCGAGCUCUUUUUGUUCUACAUAUUUUCACUACUAAAAUCUUAGACUCCAACUUAACUUGAGAAAGAAGAAUAUAGUGAGUUAGGAGGUUGUAUUUGGAGUAUUGAGAGCAGACAUUUCUUAUUCCUAUUAUGCAAGGAUAUGGUGAAAUUUGUUCAAAUCUGCUACCAGUAUGGAGGCACAGUUCUAGUUUUUGCAGCCAGCUGCAGCAUUGGAUUUGCAGCAAAACUUGACAUAUCUGCAGUCCAGUAGAGCUCUAAAAAUAUCCUGGUUGGGCGUCUGAUACUUUGUGGCUAUCAAGUUGUGAUGGCUCUUACGAGAAAGAUUGUAGCAGCGUAGGUGAACAGUUUAAGAAAACAGAUGCACAAAUUGGAGGGGAAAUAGCUGUUUGUCCAAUGGGGCUGUUCCUGGCAAAUGAAAGAAAAUAUCAUGAGAUUAACAAGGUAGCAGUUUAAUGAGUGAAAUCAAAUUCCAUAGCCUUGGUGAUGAUAGUGGGGAUAUAGCUGUACCUUGGUAGCUCUAUUAUUCUCUUGAAAGAAUCCAGACCAUUUUGUCUUCCAAAGCUUAGUUAAAUGCAUUGAAGGAGGAACAAUCUGGAAUUCUGGACUACAUCUCAGUACCUUUGAUCAAAGAUGUCUCGUAGCAGUUAUGACCAUUGUGAUAUUUUGUUGCUAAAUGGGCAUCUACUACAUUCCAAAAAACGGAGAAAAAAUAACCUGUAUAUUCUCUUCUCAGAGAAAAUAAGCAUAAAAUCUGGGUUUUGAAGCCAGAUGGAUCUUGAUAUCAAAAAGUCGAAGACUUUGCUUCCAGGGUGUGUCAAAAGACAUCUCGAUUUGUCUAUUAAUAUUUUAGGCGCAGCAGCAAGAGAUGCAUUAUAGAUUAGCUAGUCUAUUGUCAACCACAAAUUAUAGUGGUUUGCCGGUCUGCAUUUUUGAGUUCAGGACCAUCAAUGCUUCACUCAAACAGAGUGGGAUUAACUUUUGGACGAGGGGGAGUCGUAUCUCAUGUUUGAUUUGAAGGGGCUAGUACAACUUGGACGCAUUGCCUGGGACAGCUAAGGCACUUGAGACUAAUGUUCUUACUGACUUCUAUAUUAGCUUACUUCUAGAAGGUAUCAUGAAACUUAGACAAUAGAUUAAUGCCACUGAAUGUUGUAGCUGAAUAAUUCAAAGUUGGCAACUGGGAAACAUGUGUAAACGCUAAACAUCAAAAGGAAAUCGAGUCUCUGUAAUGGCAAAAACAUUUUAUGUUUCUCUCAUUUGUUUCACCAUCCUAUAUGGUACCUCAUAUAAACAAGAUCCUAGUUCAGGUAGAACCUUUAAAUGCUAGUUUAAUUGCAAAGCAGGGAAAUAGUGGAUUUUAUUUUCUCCCCCUUUCUGAUAAAGCAAUGGAUAUUCUUUAUUGCAGUUGCCAUAAAAACAAGAGUCUGAUAAGUUCCACAUGUUUGUGAUUUCAUUCUUUUUCUGUUCAGUUUUUGAGCAUAAUUCGCUUUUCUCAUGAUCUAUCCAUGCUUGCAUACGAUGUACUGCUUUAUGCACAUGUAUUGUUUUGGUGGCAGCACAGAGGUUUCCAUUGCUUAGAGGGGAAGGAACUAUCACACUUUGAGCUUCAUAAUUGCCCUUCAAAUGCUGCAACCACUCAAGACUAGUUUAACUGGAUGAACCAUGCUUUGUUUAGCUGGAUUAACCAAGCCUUUAGUCAUUGCUUCUUUUCCUUAAAUUCUGGUGCGACAAUGCUAAACUAGUGGCCUCAGGCAAUGCAACCCUUGCUCAAAGGAGCAGGAGGCACCCAGUCCAACCCUCUGCUUUGGAGAAAUAUUAGUAAAAUGCCACACACUUUAAGAAUCUUGCCUCCAAAGAAGGCUCGGUUAAAAUUCCCUCGUCACUCUUUAGUUUCUUCUUUCUUUAUUUCCCUUUUUUUCGGUAGUAACUUCUGUCUUUCCUUCUUUUACUUACCCUUACUUUACAGCAAUCACAUUCUUGUGGGCACCUCUUAUUUGAAAACCAUAAUAUAAGAGAAUCUAUCUUGAGUACAAACCUUGUACAAAGGAAUCCAGAUCUCUUUAUGUAAUUAUCGCAUGCAUGAUCGCGUCAGAACUGCAAAAGACUACUUGACUAUUCUAAGAGAGUAACUUGUGCCAACAGUUGUCGAAAUUUGAGUAGAUGCAUAAAUCUAAGUUGAUAAGAUUGCUGCUUUGCUGGGUUACUUCAAACUCAAACUAUCUAGUAGUUAGUGUGCAAGCCAACCCCCUUCAAGGGAGGUCGUUUACGAGAACCACUUUAUAGAGCAACGGCUACUGUCGCUCUUUUGCUUUAACACAAAGGCAAAGGAUAGCCCGACUGUUUGUAGCAAAAUCUUGAUCUCGGUUGCUUUGCUUGGCUUGGACUAUGAUCAGUGCACCACAAUCUUGAUCUCGAAUGAAACCCCAUCCCUUAGAUUUUGAUAAAGUGGCAAAGCUUAUGCUGUUAGGAAUCCUCCAGGUUGCAAGUGGUUAUAUGUGCCAAUGGAUAUAUAAAAGCAGCAAGUAAAAGAGAAGAUGGUGCGCAUAGGAAAACGAGAAAACUAAAAGAGGAGGAGGAUUAAAAUUGGUGAAGAUGAGGGAAGCUAAUUGUGGGUUCUCUUUAAAACUUUGAAUCAAGUCUGGAGGCUUGGAAAAUUUUAAGGGAAAGGGAGUUUGGCUGCAAGAUAGCAAACAAAAGCGCAAAGAAGCCUAUUCUAGCACGAAAAACCAAGUGCUGCUGUUAUUAGCUGCAUGGGUAGAUGUGCUUUCAGAGGGGAGUUCAAAGUAGAGGAAGAUCACAGUAGAGCAAAAAGAAAGGUUAUAGCUUCCCAAGGACUGGCUUCCAAUUACUUUAUUCAUUCCUGUGAGAACCUUCUAAAACAGCCUUAGAUGUGCCUUGGUUGCUGGCAUAUGAUUGAAGUGAAUCUCAGUUUGUGUGAGUGUUUUGGGCCCCUGGGCAAGCUUUAUUGCUUUUAGACCCAAAAUCCAAACAGGGAUAUAUCUACAUAGACAGGACAUCAGAAGUGAAGAUGAUCAGAGCCUACUACCAUCUCUGUCUUCAAGCGAAGGAGCAAUGGCUUUUCUCACUUACAGGCUCUUUGCUCUCCUAGUUUGUGUUGGUCUCUUGGCCAUGGAACCAAGGAUGGUCCAUGGCCUUGGAAGAACAGACCUCGUCCACAGGCUGGGUCCAGGGCAUGGGCUAGCAGCAAAGAAGCCACACAUCCUCAAGAACAUUGGCGUCGCAAACUUGAACACCAAGAAGAAAUCAACUUCGGGAUCUUCGUCAUUCCAGUCUACCCAAAUGAGCAAGAGAAGAGUUCGAAGGGGGUCCAAUCCAAUCCACAACAGGAGCUGAUUUUCUAGUGUCUCCCUGCUGUAUUGCAGAGCUGCCAUGGAGGAAGAAGCAUGAAGCUGGAAGUGUCCAUGUUUUGGUGGAGAAACUACAAGGUUUUAUUGAUUUAAGGUUCCUUUUCUUUUCUUUCUUUCCUCAUCUGGUUCUGUUUUUAAGAUUAGUAUUAGAAGGUGGUGGAGGAUGAUGUUGGAUAUCAGAAGUUACGAAAUCAAUAUAGAUUGUUUCAUUUCAA